CCUUUUUAACCUCCAAAAUCAUCCAAGAAUACUGUCUCUUUCUUUAAAGUGUAAAUGAAUUCCAUAGUCAGGAACUUGUGACGAUUGACCUUUCAUACUAAUUCAAACAAAGGCCAUUUAUACCUAGGAUCUUCUAAUAAUUGAUUACCUUCACUAUCAACUUACCUACGGUACCUGGUACCUACACGCUAGUCUUAUACUAAACGCCCGAUCACAACCCAAACAACAAGAGCAAUGGUGCGAGAAACCUAUCAACGUAUGAGAACUCGCUUUCGGCCGAGGCAGCAGGUUAUGCCAGAUAGCUCUUCAUAUGUCCCUCUUCGUCGCAGUCCCAGAGGGGCGGAGGAGCCUCCCCUCGCAAUCGAGCUUCUGAAGCAUCCCGAGUCAAUCAACCCCCAACUAUCUUCCCCCAUUUUCUCUAAACUCCCGAGCGAAAUACGUGAACAAAUAUGGCGCCUCUCUCUCACGCGCUACGAGAACUUACACUCCAUCUAUGUCAUCAGUAGUCAACAUGCUAGACCAGGCCAAGCCGGCCCCUGGCGUGUCGCGGUAGAGCUGUUGCUCACGUGUCGAGCCAUCUACGUCGAGGCUUUUCUAAAGCCCUUCCAAGUCAACCCCAUAGCAGUUUUUGAAACGAACUACAACAGUAUCCCGCUGAAUAAUCCGCUAACCCGUGCGUCAUCGAAUCUCCUUCUAUGCCAGAAAUUGAAAUCCUGGCAAUUUGCAAAUAUAUCCUCAGUUGAGAUGACCGUACAACAAUAUGUCUUGGAAGGUGGCGCUAUUGAGCGGAUAUCACGUCUUAUUGGUACAUCUGGGAGGCACAAGGGAUACGAAAGUCGCAAUUACACAAGUACGGGAUACGCAGCAUUUGUAGAACCCACGAAUUCCGAUGACAGUAACCUCCGUGUCGGCAGGAAGAUUACCAAUCUGACCAUCCGCAUGUUGCGCACUGACUGGUGGACAUGGGAAACCGAUCCUGAAGAAUGUAGAAGGUCUGUCACAUCGAGGCUUCGACUGGAACCAAUGAUCAAUGUGACGGAGCUGCCUGCUCGACCAGAGAAUAGCUUGGCCAUGACAAGAGGAUAUGAAGCACGAAAGUCAGGCAAUGAGCCAGACUUCGGACUUGAUGAUUUCGAGAAAGAGGGACGCUGGGGCAUGCAAAUUGGUGAGUAUUGGCCAGAUCUCACAACACUAGAGCUUGUAUUGGAAACUUUCGGGUGUAAGCAGGACCAACUUGAUUAUGUAGCGAAGUGUGCGAAGUUGUGGACAUUUCCACUCCCAGAUGGGUAUCAUUUGGCGUGGAGGGGGGAAGACGCGUUUAGAUGGCAAGGUGCUGAAGCAUAUCAUUAUGAAGGGCGCUUUCACACCUGGUUUAAAGAGCAGAACAAAGCUCGAGGUACCGAAAACCAGGAUCCGCCACUCCUACAAUGGCUGCCUGCGGACGCCCGCGCGGCCGAUGGCCAGGAGUUUAUUGUCCGAACGAUCAUUUUUGAACGGAGGAGGGAUUCGGACCGCUGAUCGCAGUCUGAUUCUUCGUUCUACAGAUCGAAGUAAAAACUGGGUUAGUUGUUCCUAGGAAAUUUGUUACCUAUUGUUUAAAUCAUUGGGUAACAUGAAUUCCAAUUGAUCUCAGGAUGAAAUGUAGCCCUAUAUCUUACAUAUGGCUUAUGAGUCAAGUAUGGCUUAUGAUGGGUAUCUAGGUACCUACCUAGUUUACUUUAAUAUAGGCGUCAAUAGGUAUACUAUAUACGACGGGGAAUGAUAUUCUGGGGAUGAGGCCAUUCCCAGUCACCAACAUUCAAAAUGGAUCCAAAUAGUUAAGAAUGAUAUGAAAAAGAUGCGCAUCUUCCCAAAACUGCUUUGAAAUUUUACAACUGCGCAAGUCUACUCCUUCUACUUUAGUACCUAUUCUAUC